AUGGAAGAAGCAGUGAGAUGCAUGCAGCAGCAGCGCAGCAGCAGCAGCACAGCUGCAGCAGCAGGGCCCCACACAAAGACAAUGGCAGCAACUCAAGUUGGGCAGAAGGAGAUAAAUAAGAGGCCGCCUGCUGCUGUGGCAGCAGCAGCAGCUGCUGCUGCUACUGCUGCUGCUGCUGCUGCUGGCAGCACCAGUCUCCUGCAGGUAUUCCUUCUUGCAUGCGCAGCAGCUUCUACAGGGCCGCUUACUGCCACACAAGUGGGGCUUGGGGGGCCCCCUAAGGGGCCCCUCAGGGGCACCCCGAAGCUGUGCUCCUCUUCCACAGCAGCCCAAGGGAGCCCUCUACCUCCUGGUGCUGCAGCAGCAGCACGAGAAGCCCAAGGUGGAAAGGUAGCAGCAGCAGCAGCAGGAGGACCAGCAGCAGCAGCAGGAGAACCAGCAGCAGCAGCAGCGGAACCCGCAGCAGCAGCAGGACCAGCAGCAGCAGGACCAAGAGCACCAUCAGGACCAGCAGCAGCGGUGGGACCAGCAGCAGCAGCAGAACCAGCAGCAGCAGCAGCAGGACCAGCAGCAGCACCAGCAGUAGCAGCAGCAGCAGCAGCAGCAGAACCAGCAGCAGCAGCAGCAGCAGCAGCAGGAAAGGGCCCGCGCAUGACUGUGGGGCAGCGGCGGGCUGAAGACCGGCGGCUGAAUUGGCACCGGCACUACAUCUAUGGUCCAGUGGACCCCACAGCUUCUGUGGGAGAAGCUGUGGUGGGAGCAGCAGCAGCAGCAGCAAAGGGGGCCCUCAAGGAGGCCCUGGAGGCCCAGGGGGCCCCCCAGGGCCCCCGCCGCAAGAAAAGGGCCCCCGGGGGCCCCCAGCCGGGGGCCCCCCUGAGGGUACUAAUGAGACAAGCUGCGCUGCGGGCAGCAGCAGCAGCAGUGGAGGAGGCCCUGAAGGAGGUGGAGGCCCUCGAGGGGGCCCCCGGGGGCCCCCACCUGCAGGGAGCUGCGCUGGGCGGACAUAGUGGGUCUGGAGGCCCUCGAGAAGGCCCUCAAAAAGGGUAA